AUGCUGCCUCCAUCGGUUUCGGUCGAGUCCAAGAAGCAGAAAGAACGGGAUCGUGGUAGAAAACGGCGCCAACAGUUGCGUCGGCAGGGUCAAGCGCGGCAACUCCGAGAAGUUGACAGCCAUGAAACCAUCCGGCUAGUGAGUCAGGUCCAUGACGUGGAGGAUGAUGUUACCAGCCCUGUGUCGUCGGGCCCUCCAGUGACGCGUUCUCCGAGAGAUAUAAGACGAACGAGGGGUGCGUUUGAAGCCGUCACUGAUUCAACAAGUGCGGGAGAACCGUUGAUGCAAGGGUCAUCCGAGACUGCAGCUACCGCCGUGUCCGGUCUUUCGGAUGCAACCGAAGAGGUGCAAGCAACAGCGGGUCGUCCACGAAGAGACCCAGCCUUGUCGGAACGUGAACUCACACGACUCCGCGUCCGAGCCUAUCGAGCCCGUCAACAUCCGUCCAGGAUUCUACAGACUGCCCAACCCCAGGAUAAUACCCUUUUUUCAAACCGGAUUGAUUCAGAAAACCAGUGUUCUGCUCAGGGUAAUCCAUGUUCUCCACAGAACGAGCCGACUUUGCCUGUUCGUUUCCAUCAAGGUGACGACGCACAACAGGCAACAAGUGACUGGAGACGAAUUAAUUCGAGCUCUCCGGCCUCUUCGAGGACCUCGGCCUCGGACUUUGCUCUCGCUCCGCUUGAUAUUAAUGAUCACUACCACAUAGCGGGCGAUCAUUACCGUUCGCUUUCACCCGACCGCUUGAUAAGGGAGAACCCAACAUUCCCAGCCGCCGACCGAAUACAGGUGGGCCUUCCAUACCUUAAUAGCUUUAUUGAGGCUCUUCAGGCUCUGGAGACACGGAGUGGCCUUGACUUUCUUGAGUCGCAAACCACGACCUAUGAUCGUAUCUUCAAAACAUUGUUUACUGCCGAGUGUCACUGUUCGCAUAAGACUCAUGAUCUUGCACGGUCUCAUAGCCUUCAAGAAAGGGCGCGGUUCCUCCAAAAUUCAUUGCCACUGCUCACGACUGUCUUCGACGAGCGCUUUGCCUAUAAAGCCAUUAAAUACCUUCACCAAUGGAAGGAAUUUCUUUCUGAUGAACCUGCUGAGCCUUUAUCUUUCCACAAAACCGAAGCUACUCUGGAGCGUGGUCCAGCCCAUGUCAAACGGCAGUGGGACGUCGAUAGUAUUUGGUUCGGGCCCAAGAGCCUGCAGGCUGUCCACAAACCCGGCAUUUUCCGCUUAUCUUUUAUGCCGCCGUUAACGCAAUCUGUCCACGGAUCAGCUUUUUUAUAUUAA